UCACGUUCGAUGUAUGGUGUCAUUUCGUUUGUAAUAUUCGUGAUCUAAAGAAAUAUUAAAAUGUUGAGAAGAUUCCUUGUAUGUUUAGUCAGCUAUGUCUUACUACAUUGAAGUUAUGAUAGUGACUUUUGGUGGUGUGGAAAAGUUAUAGCGAAGAAAUUGUAGUUAAAUAGUUCAGUAUGAACUGUCACCAAGUAUUAAGUGGAGCCUGUAAUUCAGGAGAUCAAUGUUUUGCUGUGGGUUCAGUCGAGGGAAUCCCUUUCACAGCAUAUGCUGCAGGCUGCAACAUAGUGAUACUAGCUUCAAAUUUCGAGAGGGUCCAGAUCAUCCCCGGAGCUAUCCAUGGAUAUAUCCGUAUUGGCUCCCUGGACUGCAGUACGGACACUGGAAAGAUUGCUGCUGCGUACGGUGCUGAAGUCUGUAUAUUUGAGCCGACACCGUUGAUCCAUAGUGCUGCUACUACUCAUGGUUUGGAGUACCGAUGGGUGCAAACCGGGAAGCUCACAGCAGAUGGACCAAUCACAGCCCUCUCCUGGAACUUGGAGGGCACACGGCUCCUCACUGGUGGGAAGAUCCUACAGCUCUGGCACCAGGCCUCACUUUACCAGGAGGACAGCCAACCAAGCUCCGGUGUAACAUUCCAAAUCGGCGGCAGCGAUAAAGACGACAAGCCGAAAUUGCAGGAUGAAGAAGAGCCAGGUUGGCUGUGCGUAUGGCAGUGUCAAACGGCAACGCCGGCGCACCACCUCGCCUUCUCGCCAGACGGCGUUCUGUUCGCUACGUCGGGGGUCAACGAUAGAUUAGUUAAAAUCUGGUAUCAAAAUAAAGUAUUGGUCCACGCGCAAGGCGAACACGCGUCGUCAGACCUCAACUACACGUUCAUAUACGUCGCGCACCCGCGGGCGGUCACACAUCUGUCAUGGCGGAAAACGAGCAAAUAUAUGCCCAAAGGCAGCGUCGGCAACGUGCUAGUGACGUCAUGCGUGGACAACAUCUGCCGCGUGUGGUCAGAAACUCUCCUGCCGGACGACGAGUGGGGCGGCUGCGUGACGGCGCACAGCCGCUCACCGCCGCGCCGUCAGCGCGCUACGCACCGCCAUAAACACCGGUUCAUGCAGCGCUUGAAGCACAUGAAGACCUGCUUCCACAUACGACGAAACGCGCAGUCGUCUAAACAGCCCGGGGCGCCCAUCCCCACGUUACCCUCGACGUAUAGUGCACACGACUUCCACAACCCUUAUCACGCCACAUCUUAUACUGGAGGUCUUCAUUUCCAUCUAGCAGCAUCUAUAAACGCGGAGACAGACAUUCCUCUAGUGCCAUCGCUGGCCGGCGGCGGGCGCUUCAUACUGCACUGGCUACACAAUAAGGAAAUGCAUUUCACCAGUCAAGCUGAAGCCAUAUUACAUGAUCUUACUAAAAAGGUUUUAGAUAAAGAAGAGACUGAAGAAGGAGGUUCAGAGCACACCACACAUCCGGACGGAGAGAAUGACGCGAGUAGCGGUAACCACAGCCACCCGACCCUAUCCAACACGACGUCUAUAAACUCAAUAGCAACAGACGUCACAUGCACGCACUUACCAGACUCUUUAGACGCGAAGAUCGAAGGACUUUUACGGGAUUGGCAUCAGAGUCCUGACCUACUGUUCUCUAUACAUCCAGUGGACGGCAGUUUUCUUAUAUGGGUGUGCGAAUGGCUAGACGAACUGCAAGCGGGCGCGAUCCGCCAAGCGCAAGUAUCGUUCUCGGCGCGAAUCCCAUCUGCUUUCCCACUGGGCGACGCUACCACCAUGUGCACACCGGCCGCGUUGUACCACGCCGCGGCGCAGCCGCUAUACGUCAGGCACCGUACCAAGCCUGUCACACCCGGUCAGCAACAACAGCAGCAACCAGAAACCGUGACGACACCCCUGGCUAGUGUGCAGGAGGAAAAAGAGGAUACCGAGUGGCCCCAGAAUGACGAACAGAAAGAGCCUCUUGAAAACGGCCCAUUAGAAGAAAAUAACAACGACAUGAAGCGUAAACAGAGUAUAGCUACUGAAGACCUGGGCGAAAACCAAGAAGGGGACGUGUUAGACUCGGCCCCUGUCAUAUCAAUGGUCACCAACCAUACUAAUGGCACGCUCAAUCUCUGGCAGCUUACGUUUGAUGACAAGUCUAAGUUUUCACAGGUGCUAUCAAUAGGACACGCGUCAAGAGCGUCCGGACAUAGGUUUAGGGUUAACGACAUCACAUGCCAUCCAGUAUUACCUCUAUUACUUACGACGAGCCACCACAACAUAUCAGAUAGUGACAGAGAUACACACGCACCCAAUGACGACAUGGCGGCCGGCGGGCUAUGCUCGGAGCUGAUAAUGUGGCGAGUGGAGUGCGUGGGUCCGCUCGGCAAAUCUGGCGGCGUAUCGGAGCUGGCCAGAGUCAACUCUCCGCAUCUUUCCGCCUUUAGCAACGUGGCGUGGCUGCCAACGUUGCUGCCUAGCACAACUCUCGGCAACCUAUCAAACUCACCCUCAGCGUGUUUCGUGGCGAGCGACGGCGAGAGCCUCCGAGUAUUCCAGGCCGUUAUUGACGCGCGGACCCUUCUCGCCGAGAUAGCCACGUCGGAGCGGCGCCACAACAAUAACGUAAUGCAACACGACACAAUGUCCAUGUCAUCGGAGUCAACACUAGAAGAAGGCGGCGGUAUACCGCUCCACGACCGCAUCAGAAUCGUCUCCCAACAGUCCACCGCCCGGCCCGGCGCCAUCAUACAGCUGCACGCCAUCGCGGACGCCACGCAUGACUGGCACAACACGCAGCUGCUGCACGUGUUCCAGGAGCAGCUCAUCACAGGCGAAAGGACCACAACAGACACUGUCAGCACGGAUUCCGGCGUCGAAGGCGACGUACACACGAUAACAGAAGCUGGCCUAGAAGCAAUAGUGGAUCUACGCAAAGCGGCCGUCUUUAACGAGCCCUUCUACAUUGUGGUUUUAGAACGCACGGACGGAGGCUCCACUGUGCAUAUGUGGAGGCUUACGGUGUCGUCACAGGCGGAUGCUGCAGACGAGCUGACGAAUAGCAUGAUGUAUGUCCCGGACAGCGCAUUGAUCCAAGAAGACGAAGGCGAGUCGCGAAAGAACUCCGUGUCGUUCGACGCGGCAGAACGCCCCACCGCCCCAUCGCCACCUAACUCGCACCUCUCUAUCACUACUAAAAAGGUGUGCGAGUGUCCGCUAGCGUUGCCGGAUGGAGUGGAUGUGAUCCACGCCACGCCAGCCGCUGGUCACUUAAGUUCGGCUUCCAUUUACCCCGCCUGUUUAGCGCCAUACAUUUUAGCCACUGCGUGUUCGGACAGUACACUCAGAUUCUGGAAAUGCAGUGUUACGAAAAAAGACAAUGACGAAUAUGACUAUUCUUGGAAAGAAUGGGAAAUGAUGAAUAAAGAUCAAGAGUCUACUAUUGACAUUCCUGGGCAACCACUCCACAUAAGCGCUGCGUACUCAGGCCGCAUAGCGUGUGCCUACAAAUGCGGGCGCUCCUUCACUCGCCCCAAGGGCGGCAGCUCCACCUCCACCAACUCAAACCCCGACGCGCGCUUCGUGAACCUAUGCGUGUGUGUGUACGAGUGCGAGAGCACUGGCGGCGCGGAGUGGCUUCUAGAAGAUACUAUACCUCUGAAGAACGUCAGCUUGCCGAGGGUCGGUGUGUGCGCGGACACGCAGAUCGACUUGUCUUAUUUGAACAACAGCGCGUUUAUGCAGAAGAAGCUUCGAGUCACGCAGGUCCUUCAAACCCUGUCAUCUGACGAGAGCCGCAACCGCAACGGCGAAGCGGAACCGGGAAAGUCCGCGGGCCUCCUCGCCGUGCCGUCCUUCAGCACGCUGCAGUCUCUUCGGAAGAGUAUCAUGGAGAAUGGAAACACUUGCCCGCUGACCCAGAAACAUUUGGUGCAGCUAGACUGGGUGUCGAAAGAAGAUGGGUCGCAUAUAUUGACUGUGGCCGUUGGGAGUAGGGUCCUGUUGUUUACGGCGGUGUCUAGCGACUUGGCCCAAGCCAACUUGAAGGCUAUGAAAGAAUCCAUUAACAACAACCGUCCCAUACUCCGCAAAGCAUCUUCCCUUGCCGCCCCAUUAUUCGUCGAAGAGAUCCGAUGGAUGCAACUACGACGUAUCCAACUGAAAACCGCUGAUGGUUUACCACCCCUGCCUAUGCAAAUAUCGUGGGUGCGAGAUGGAAUACUUGUGGUGGGAAUGGACUCGGAAAUGCACGUCUAUUCGCAGUGGAAGCCGGAACAUCAGAACGCAUCGUUAGGCAUGUCUGGUGUACAGGAAAUCGAAGAGGGCAGCGAAUCCCGCGCGCUUCGUGACUCUGAUCUACGAGUUUCAGCGCCGCAUUUACAAAGAGUGUCGUCAAUUAACCUGCAGCUGUUAGAGCGGGAUGCAAGACGGCGAAACAAAACACAGCCGGAUCAACCGCAGCCUCUACUCGACUACAUGCCAGACUACGGUCUCUUCGAAGCGUCCCAGAUGGCCUGUCCAGUAUUACCUCAGUACCAUCCCAAACAGCUUAUGGAAUUGCUAAACAGCGGGAAAAUACGAUGGGUCAAAGCUAUACUCGCUCACUUAGUGAGACGUAUAGGCGGCACAUGCGCCGGACGAGGAUCUCAGGGCGAUGAAGACAGUUUAUCCAGACAGCGCGGCUGGUCGCGAUCGCGAACUCUCUCGGUGUCGUUUGCUGCGGGCGCCGUUUCGCCGCUAGAUGGCGUUGCUCAGAUAACAGAAGAUGUGCAGUUGGACUACGCUGAAAUAACAUCGGUGCCUCCGCUACCUCUCUGGACGUUACUCGUGGCUGAUAAGGAAUCAGCUCAUCACCCGUCUACAAUACAAGAGGCUAAGGAUUACGGAGAUCUAUUCGACGGAACUAUGGACGUAGAUGAAGAUUUGGACGCGUUAUUACUGGACGAGGAGGACGGUGCCGUCGAUCGCCGGCCUUCGAUGCCUCCGGAGCGACAGCCGCUAUCACACUUUGGACCUCGUCAAGGUCGUAUUCUCUCCCGAUUGCUGACCCACACACACUUGCCUGGGCUCAGCUCGCUAGACCAGAUGCAUUUGCUGGCGUUGGCCGACACCGUAUCAACUUGUGACGCUGAUUUCACCGAACGCUUCGCCGCCAACGCCCGCGUCGAUGUUGCGCAGCCUGGCCAGGAGAUUCUACCUGACUCUUUAGACGAUUGCGGCCUCCGAUUCCUCCUCGCCAUGAAGCACUACGGCUACCUACUCCGCUGCCUACCUCUCGCCCAACGCGCAAAUCUACAACGGAACGGCGUUGGAACUUGCAACCUGGUCUGGGCCUUCCAUUCAGAGACACACGAACAACUGCUGGCUUUGAUACCUGGCUACUCUAAAGGGCAGCCCAAGUGGACCACUAUGAGAGAGUUAGGUGUCGGCUGGUGGAUCAGAGGUGACCUACUACGCGUAUGUGUGGAGCGCCUUGCGCGUGCUGCCUACAUGGCCAAACAAGACCCGAUGGACGCCGCGUUGUAUUAUCUUGCCAUGAAGAAGAGGAUGCUGCUAUGGGGCCUGUUCAGGUCGAAUAGAGACGAGAAGAUGACCACAUUCUUUUCAAACGAUUUCUCGGAGGAUCGUUGGCGCAAAGCGGCGCUGAAAAACGCCUUCGUGUUGCUUGGACGACAACGAUUCGAACACGCUGCUGCCUUUUUCUUACUUGGCGGAGCCUUGAAAGACGCAUUAGAGGUGCUGAUAACUAGACUAGGCGAUUUGCAGCUAGCCAUGGUUGUUGCAAGAUUGUACGAGUGUGAUAACCCAGCGUCGCCGAGCUUAAAGAAGUUGCUUAUGGACGAAAUUCUUGGGGGUGAAACCGAAGACGGCGAAAUAGACCUAGAAAGAGCACAUCCUGACCCAUUUGUGCGCUCCAUGGCACUCUGGGAACUAAAGCGAUACGGCGAAGCUCUUGACACGCUUCUAGCGCCUGCGGGCCGCUUACACACAGCGCGGGAAUCCCGGGAUAAUGAACCCGUGCCCAGCGUGUUCAACUUCUAUGUGUAUUUGAGGACACACCCGAGGCUGAAGCGACACAAUCUGCCCAGUCAGGGAGCAACGCUGGCCCUGCUCCAACAAGAGUCCGAUGAAGGCAUCACCCGGCUCGAAAGAAGACUGUACUUCCAAACAGCACACGGACACUUCAAGGCCGGUUGCCCCGCGUUAGCUUUAGAAGUAUUAUCGAAGUUGCCGGCGCGUGUAAGAGAUGAGAGGCGGCCGGCGCCCGUGUCCGCGCCGUCUGUUGACGAGGCGACGAUUCAUACCGGGCAGCUGGUUGAUACGAAUGAUACAAAACAAUCCGCGAACCCUGCGUCGGCAGCGACGGAGAUGGAUUGGGGCUCGUCAGCUGUGGAUAUGGACUGGAGUGCGCCCGUCAGCAAGCCUAAAGAGGAAGAACUACUGCUAGACUGGAGCGAGACUGUCAGCAAACCUAAAGAGGACGAACUCGUGCUCAACUGGGACGACGAGGAUGACAAAGGUUCCGGAGCAUCAGGCGCAUCUACACCUCCACUAGAAAUGAAAAUGGAUAAAACAGAAGAGGCCGAAGCGAACGCGGCAGAAAGCGAGAAAGAGAAGGAAGAGGAAGCGCCAUCUGUCGACAUUAUGGCGCAGCAGCUCAAGUUCGUGGCGUGCCUUAAGAUAUUGAUGGAGGAGUUGAGCACGCUUGCCACCGGAUUUGAGGUUGAUGGCGGUCACCUUCGCUACCAACUGUACAUCUGGCUCGAGCGCGAAGUCGAAGCCCUCCGUCGGCUCUGUGGCUACGCGUCCGCCAGCGGCGCGGCCGGUGGCGGCGAGCUUAUCUGUGCUGACGCUGACCCGCCGCCUUUACCCGACCGGCCGACAUUACAUCAGCUGUUGAUAAGGGAGAAAGCGGACUUUGAGGCUAAAGUGCAGAGGGCGGUUAGGAGGAAGAAGUGGCUCAAAGCUAAUGAAACACUCCUCCGAACACUGUUAUCCUACUGCUCGCUACAAGGCGCGGGCGGCGGUGGCCUCGCCUCCGUCCGUAUGGAGCUAGUUCUACUCCUACAAGAGCUAGGACAAGACAAACAGCACCAGCAGUUACUGUCGCCGCUACCGUUCCCCACCACACUACCGCUGCUGGCCGCCGCGGUGGCUACCAACAAUACUGUGGUGGCGGACCCCGUCAGACACCUGCAGUCCGUGGCGCACGACAUGCUGGGAACACUGGGCGAGAUGGGCAUUCCGGGUGGCUCAGCGACUCGUCUAUUACACACACUACGCGUCCUCGCCGUUGCACUCUCCGCCUGCAUCUACCAGAGUCUGUGCGACUCCGACACUUUCCACCUGAGGCACCACCACGUGGACAGUAUUAUUGCCGAAACGCCUGGAACACACACGUCCCAUAUGCUGGCACGACAAAGGCGGUAUUCUACUGAAGAACUCACUGUCACCACCCCACCUAAUAAAUGGCCAGGUGUGUCUGCGUUACGUGGUCUAGCACUCAGGGCCGCCGAAGAAGAAGAAGCUCCUCGGCUCCCCGUACUAUUAGCUGAGGCGUUCUGCGCAGUCUAUCUAGCGUUGCUAGGCUGGGCAUUGGCUGCACGGGACGCGCACUUGCUAUACCGCUUGGCAGCGCAUACUGCUGAUGCUAAAGCGCAUUCUAGACUGUUUGGCGGCGGCGUGCGGAGAUUACUCACCACCGCACCGGCUCCACCACAGCCAAAACUAGUAGAGCGCACCGAAGGCACCUCCGUCUGGUCAUCUCUCCGCGAGAAGCGAGCUCUGCUGAACAUGCGUUUACUUGGACUCGGGCCGUCGGUCCCGCACAAGAACAUCCAGGAAGGCAGGCCUACAUACAGGGAGCAGUUUGUGCCGCCCUACUACAGUAUACUCACGUUCUUAUUAAAUAAGCCGACUCCCGAGCAAGAUUCCGAGUACUGCGAUUACGAUUCAGCAGAAUCAGGAGCCGAGGACCCCGAUGACAGCGGCAGCGAAGCGGACGAUGACGAUAUCUUUGAUACCAACCCGGCAAAAGAAGCGAAGCGCACGAAACUUGUCAACACAGAGCAUUCCGACCCGGACUCUUACUCAUGGGUGCUGAUGCGCGUUGCGGUCCUGCGGCUCUCGCAACAGAAGUUGCAGCACUUCUUACAGCUUUGCGGCAUCGAGAUGUCAGAGCUGGCAACAACGAGUCCAACCGUCCACGCCGCCUUACGUCGAGUCGACCAAUGGCAGCAGCAAUUGACCGAGACUCUGGAGUCCCGUGCUCCGCCCCCCGACUACAUACCUGGCUGCUUCCCUGAACAGUUACCGGCUGGACCGCCUAUCAAUAAAUACAGAUGUUUAUUAGAAAAACACAACACGCCAUUCAACUCGAAUCUAUUUAGUACUGCGCCUGCUAGACGACUAUGGAGCUUCCUCGUUCGUCAGGAGCUAGUUCAGGAAAUAUUCAUCCGAGCGGUGUUCUCCCGGCGUCGAACUCUGUCCCUCACAGCGGAAGCGAUCGGCGAACCUCGUCCGGGCUGUCUUCCUAACCAACAGAGACCUGGGGAUGACCUACACAAUCCAGUCAGAAUUAUACAUAAGGAACAGGAUUCCAUUGCUGCUUUCUGUCUCAACCGGGUCGGUGGUGCCCUACUGGCAGUCGCAACAGCCCGAGAGGUCCAAGAGAUGGACGUGUCGCUCCUACUCCGCGGCGGCGCGAGCUGGGCCGAGGACGAGUGCGAGGUGGACCUGCUGGCGCUCGGGGCCGACCCCGCCGCGCUGCCCGACACCGGCUUCCUGCUCAUACAGCACCAGGACAAGCCCAACAACGGUUCCGUGCCAGGCACUGGCAACAGUUCGCCGUUGAACCCCAACGCGCCGCAGAUCCCGGUCGGUAUGGCUAGUCAGACCGGACGAGGCGCUAGCGUUGUGAAGGGCUUGCAGUUCCCGGGUUGCCACGACGCGAAAUACUGUCGCCUGGUGCUCCACCGUUCGAAGCUUCUCAUGAAACCGGUGCUGAAACACAAAAUCGAUAACAUCAAGCGUAUGGCAGCUCAUCCAUCGCAACCAUUGUACCUGACGGGCGGUGCCGACGGCUCAGUCCAGCUCUGGGAAUGGGGCCACUCGUCGUGCGUGUGGUCGGUGCGCGCGCCCGGCGCCUUCGCCAAGGUCACCCGCGUGCGGUUCUCCGACUACGGCAAUAAGUUUGCGGCCGCUGAUGCGGAUGGGAACUUGGCUAUGUGGCAGUUGCACCCGUCAGCUCAGCAGCAGGAUUCUACGCAACCACACGCAUCAGUUAGACCAUUCUUCACUCACCAGUGUCAUAGUAAAGGAAUUAGUGAUUUCGUUUUUCUUGGUUCCUGCAGUUUAGUUGCUACAGCCGGGCAUAGUUCGGAAAGCAAAAAUGUUGCCAUAUGGGAUACGUUGAUGCCUAUCAAGAAAGCGUUAGUUGUUUCAUGGACAUGCCAUGAAGGCGGUGCCGCAUGCCUAGCAUGGGCGGGCUCCGCCGGCGCGCUAGUGUCCUGCGGCCGACGCGGCGACGUGUUCGUGUGGGACCUACGCACGCGAACCCCACGCCACAAGCUGCACGCUCACCACGCGCCCAUCAAGUGCGUCGCGCUCUCGCACCACGAGGACCAGUAUGCUAUAGGCACGGCUGACGGAGACAUCAAGGUGUUCUCACUGAUGACGCACCAGCUGCUGCACACGUUUGCCGGCGAGCACGCACGCAGCUCUUUCUUCAAGCAUAUCGGCCAGGGCGUCACGCAGAUUCAUAUCGAUAGCGCCGGUCGACUGUUCUCGUGCGGCGCGGACGGCACCAUGAAGGUGCGCAAGCUGCCCGAACGCGACACGCCUCCGCCGAGCCACGCGCAGUAUAACUAAUAGGCAGGCGAGGCGCAACAGCGGAAGCAGUUGUCGGCUUACCCGCGAUACCCUUGUGAUGUAUUUAUCGUUACUGCUACUCAAUAUUACGAGUAUGAGAUAUACGCUGUUAGACUAGUCACUGUUAUUAAAUCUUUAGUUAAUUCUAGUGUGAAAUAUUCGCUAUUUUUAUCGUAAUGUACCUUUGUCCUAGAUGAAAGAUAUAAUUUAUUUAUUCGCACGUGCUGUUGGUUGAAUUUGUAUAAGUCCACUUUAUCGGCCGCGGGCCUAAGUGAAUGGAUAAUGGAGUUGGUGUGCUCGCAUUUUGAAAUCAUUAUCAUAUAACACGGUCUUAUCUUGUGUUUACGGAAUCAAAUAGCAUUUGAUUAGCAGGCUCUGCAAGUGACAUAAAUAACUUCAUUAAAAUGUGACGUCGUAAUACUUGAACAGUCUGUGCAUUAAUAUUUUACUUACUUUUAAACUUCAAAAUCGCAUGAUUAAUACUUAGUACAAUUCUUACCAGGGCUUAAAACUAAAUGUGGCGAGGCUGGUUUGUUUCAAUUUAUAUCGAAUAGUAAUUAAAAACAAUAUAGGUAAUAUGUAUAACUGUAUCAAUCCCGUCGAGCCACAUGUUUUGAAAAAUCGGACUUAAAAACUACGUUUGUUUGUUGUAGGGAACAAAUCAAUUUAUUUUAUUAAAUAUUUUUUGAUUUGUGUUUUUAAGUAGUAGCACUACUUUAUAUAAAUUAUAAACUGAAAUAGAUACCAUACACUAAAGAAAAA